UUCAAUAAUUCUGAAAUAUCCAAUGGCCUGCACCUUCUGACAGAAACAUCCAAUAAGGUUGAGGUUAAUACACCAACGAUUCCACCUGAGAGCGCACAUCUAUAUCCUCGUUUAGCUGGGUCGGACUGGACAAGCUAUUUGAGUAUACCGAUUGUUAUAGUUGGGCGAUCAGAAAAAAGGCAAAAAUGCAACGUUGUUCAUAUUGAUUUUCCUGACUGCAAAGCGAUAUCACGGAGGCAUUGUGAGUUUCGAUUCAGUAACCGGCGGGAUUGCUGGGAACUAUACGUUCAUGGACGAAACGGUAUUAAAGUGAACCAUGUCCCAAAAAGGCCAGGAGACAAACCGAUCAUUUUAAAAACAGGAACUUUGAUUGAGAUCAGUAAUACACGUUUCGUGUUCAUUAUACCCAAUUCAUUCAUAAGACCGAGUAGAAGAGUUUUAAUAGAUAAUGAGCAAAAUCGACUUGGCCAGAAUCGCAAUUAUAUCACAGUUGAUGUCCAUAAAGGAUUGGAAACAGCAAUUGAGAAGCUUUUUGAGGAUAACAGAAAGAUUAACAGAAUGAGUACACUUGAUAUCAUGAAUAAAAUCACCAGUGAUGAGAGUCACUAUGUCGAUAAGGAGGCAGUAAGCAAGGAAGGCGUUCUUUAUGUAUUGGUCCACAGUCCUAAAUUUCGGCUAUCUCCAGAUUCUGUCAGUAUUUCAUCUGCGCAAUCGGACAACGUUGAAUGGAUGUUGGUUACCCAA